UUCAUUUGUUUAUUAUAUUACGUAAAUAUAAAACAGCAAUAAUGAAAACUAUAAUGUUUUUGGCUAUUAUUGUCAUUGUUGUUGGCAUUCAACAUGUUUUAUGUCAAUAUAGCGAAAAAGAUCUUAAAAAUAUGAAACUAAUAUUUUGUGGUAAUUGCAAAGAUACUAAAGUAAACGAGGAUAUUGCAAAAUAUGGUGAAUGUGUUAAAGCAGCAUUGCCAGAUGAAGUUAAAAAAGGUAUGGAAAUUCGUAAAGAGCAAACAAAUGACCAGGAUAAAUGUUUUGAACAUAUGAUGAAACACUACGAGGAGUUGAAAAAAUCAAAUCCUGAUGGCUAUAAAAAGAAUCAAGAUUGUUUUCAUAAUAAUGUCAAAUAUGAGGAUGUCGAUAAAUGUCACUAAAAAUUAUCAG